GAAGCAUCUGGCUCGGGCUGCAGCAGCAGCAGCGGCUGCAGCUGCUAAUUCAGUCCACUGAACCAGGGCGGCUGGCUGCACCUGAAUCAAAGAUUUCCCUUCCCAAGGAAGGAAAAGAUCUGAGCAAUGAUGAAGACUAUGUCCAGUGGGAACUGCACCUUGAAUGUGCCAGCCAAGAAUUCCUAUCGGAUGGUUGUAUUGGGAGCUUCCAGGGUGGGCAAGAGUUCCAUUGUCUCACGGUUUCUCAAUGGCCGCUUUGAUGACCAAUACACACCCACCAUUGAGGAUUUCCAUCGCAAAGUUUACAACAUUCGAGGUGACAUGUAUCAGCUGGACAUCUUGGAUACAUCUGGGAAUCAUCCAUUCCCUGCCAUGAGGAGGCUUUCCAUCCUCACAGGAGAUGUUUUCAUCCUAGUAUUCAGUUUGGACAACAGAGAAUCCUUUGAUGAGGUCAAGAGGCUCCAGAAGCAGAUCCUUGAAGUCAAAUCAUGUCUGAAGAACAAAACCAAGGAAACAGGGGACCUGCCCAUGGUGAUCUGUGGUAACAAGAAUGAUCAUGGUGAACUCUAUCGCCAAGUGCACUCUGAGGAAGCUGAGAAGCUUGUCUCCAGUGAUGAGAACUGUGCAUACUUUGAAGUCUCCGCCAAGAAAAACACCAAUGUGAAUGAGAUGUUCUACGUUCUUUUCAGCAUGGCCAAACUACCCCAUGAAAUGAGUCCUGCUCUUCAUAGGAAGAUCUCUGUCCAGUAUGGUGAUACUUUCCACCAAAAGUCCUUCAGGAUGCAUAGGGUAAAAGAGACGGAUGCUUAUGGCAUGAUCUCCCCCUUUGCCCGCCGACCUAGUGUCAACAGUGAUUUGAAAUACAUAAAAUCCAAAGUCCUCAGAGAAGGGCAAGCAAGGGAGAGAGAAAAAUGCACAAUCCAGUGAAAGAAGCUCCACUGAUAAGGAGACUAUAGCAUAUGUGCAGUGCCUUAAAGGAAGUGGCUGAUCGAAAUGAUUCAUCUGAAAAUAUUCAUUGAGGCAUGGGUGACAAUUGUGGUCAUGAAAAUAAUUUGGCUAGAGCAUUGUACCAUUUCUGUAAAGAUAUAAAUAAAUUAAACAUAGCAUUGUAAAUACUUGAAGCUGGUAUGGUAGAUAACUGCCAUAUGCAGCCCUUAUAAUUUGUUCAUUUGUAUUUUGUAUUUUUUUUUAACAAAAAGACCUUAGUUUUCUCUUUUUGUUUUUCCUUCCUUCAAGAAACUUCACUGUAUAAAGAAAGCUGAACUUCAGUUUUAUACAAAAACAGUUGAAAGAUGGGCCUGAUUUGCACAAGUUUCUUGAGUAGCCAUCAUGCAGUAGACAAUCUGAUGACAAGAUGAAAACUGGGUGUUGUUUUCCUCCAAUUCCUCUUCCUCAACUGAGCAAGAUUGAAACAUUUUGAGGAAAAUAUACUUCUUUGUGCCAAUGAUAAUUCUUCAUAGGGUCAAUGCAAAUACCACAUUUCAUUAUAGUUUUCAUUUUUCUGUUUUUCAGAAACAAAAUCAGUUGACAAAUUGUUUUAAUUAAUUAAUUAAUUAGUUGGCAAGUAUG